GUGAUCUGUUGACGGCGGAGGUGGGGUAGCGUGAAGGCGGUCGCUUCCCGGAGCCCGGCGCCGCGGCCAUUGGCAAGGCGUGGGCGGUGCUGCCAUGGCGCUGUCGGCGGCGCCCCUUAAGGUCUGCAUCGUGGGCUCGGGGAACUGGGGUUCUGCAGUUGCCAAAAUCAUAGGCAAUAAUGUAAAAAAACUGCAGAAGUUUGCUUCCACGGUGAAGAUGUGGGUCUUCGAGGAGACUAUUAAUGGGAGAAAACUGACAGAGAUCAUAAAUAAUGACCAUGAAAAUGUAAAAUACCUCCCUGGAUACAAGCUUCCAGAUAAUGUGGUUGCUGUCCCAAACCUUAACGAAGCUGUACAGGAUGCAGACUUGCUGGUUUUUGUCAUUCCUCAUCAGUUCAUUCAUAAAGUCUGCGAUGAAAUCACAGGACGAGUACCCAAGAAAGCGCUUGGUAUAACUCUCAUAAAGGGUAUAGAUGAAGGCCCGGAGGGACUCAAACUGAUCUCUGACAUUAUUCGAGAGAAGAUGGGAAUAGACAUCAGUGUGUUGAUGGGAGCUAACAUUGCUAAUGAGGUGGCAGCAGAGAAAUUCUGUGAAACCACAAUAGGCAGCAAAAUCUUGGAAAAUGGCCUUCUCUUCAAAGAACUCCUGCAGACUCCGAACUUCCGAAUAACCGUAGUAGAUGAUGCAGAUACAGUUGAGCUUUGUGGUGCUCUAAAGAAUAUAGUAGCGGUAGGAGCUGGGUUCUGUGAUGGCCUUUGCUGCGGUGACAAUACCAAAGCUGCUGUUAUUCGCCUUGGCCUGAUGGAGAUGAUUGCCUUUGCCAGAGUGUUUUGCAAAGGGCGGGUGUCUACUGCCACUUUUCUGGAGAGCUGUGGGGUUGCUGAUCUCAUCACAACAUGUUAUGGUGGCCGGAACAGACGUGUGGCAGAAGCCUUCGUUAAAACAGGAAAGUCUAUUGAACAAUUGGAGCAAGAAAUGUUAAAUGGUCAGAAACUGCAAGGACCACAGACUUCUGCAGAAGUGUACCGUAUCCUCAAGCAGAAAGAAAUGCUGGAAAAGUUUCCAUUAUUCACUGCUGUGUAUCAAAUCUGCUAUGAAGGGAAGCCUGUCAGAGAGAUGAUAUCCUGCCUUCAGAGUCAUCCAGAGCACAUAUAAAAUCAAUCAGGCAUCAUCCUAAUGCAGGUUUCUGCCUUUCAAGUUCAUAUCUGAGUUCAAGUGGAUGUCUCAUUAACAUUUGUUCAAAGCUGUUCACCAGGCAACAGUAACAAUGUGAAUGUCUCUGAAUGGGUAUUGCUUUUUGUUAUACAGCCUAGUUUGACACAGCAUGCCAUGUUGGCUUGGUGAUAGUUGUUUUACUGGCUAAAAUACAACUGAUUUAAGGUAGACAAUGCAAAAGUUACACUACAUAUCCAGUGUAUAAACACAAGUGUACUUUUGUGUGUGUUCCUACGCCUUAAGCAACAGUGUUUUGUUGUCUCUCAUUAAGGCCUAGUCCAAAAUCCACUGGACACUGAGAAGAAUCCCACUGGUUUUGGUGGAGACUGAAUCAAGCCUGUAACCUUGAAAUGUUAGGAGUCUUUCUAUUGGAACUUGUCAUUGUCUAUACAGAGGAAAACCAAUUUAAUAUUUGGCAUGGAUAUGAUUGUAUUAAUUUAAGCAAUAUUAAUGCAAAAUAAGCAGUUGCUUGGGGGCUACAGGGGUAUUUUAAUGAACUCUGGUGAAGAACAUUAUGAUUUUUGAAAGUCUAAAACUCUCAGACUAUUUUGAAACCAAUUUCUAAGUGAAUUUAAAGAUUUUAAUUACACUAUUUUAAAGGGAAUAUGCUAGAGGGGGAUCGCUACCUUCCCUCCUGGUUUUAAUCCUCACAUUUUUGUAUUUCUCUGUUUCUCCCUUGACAUUCCCAGGUGUUAGGCUCUUCUAGAACUGCAUUCCCAAAAACAAGUGGGAGAUCCUGACUUGGGGAUUCUAAACCCUGGAUCCUAGGGGUCAUUUCAGAGUUGCCUGUGGUCAUUCUCACUGGUAUUGUUUGGUGGGUGGGGAAGGAUACUGUUAGGUAUCCACCACCCAAAGCUGUCAUGCUGUGUUUGUAGCUUAACCAUCAGCUGGAAGGUGUUGCACUCCACACAGCACUCCAAGGAAUGUUUGGGAAAUUCCCUGGUUAGAUAUGCUUGAGUUGUCAAUAGAGUUACUAUGUGCCAGUACAAUGACCAUUCAUUUCAGUGCCUGCCAGUGACUGACAUGUCAACUGGACUGUAGUCCUGAACCAGAAACCCAGAGAUGUUAAAUUCUGAAGUUAUUUUUUCACUGGAUAAACUUUAAUGGGUACCUUGAUCAAGUACUUUAUUGACCAGUCUCCCAGGAAGCUUCUCAAAGCCAUCUCUUUUAUUUCCUAUCUCAACUAGGUUUUCUCAGGCACCUUUGCUUUAUCAGGAAGGUUCAUUUUACUAUUGGAAAAGUUGUGAUUUCAUGGAGUUUUAGGGGUAGUGUUGGCUUGGUUAUUUUUUGUUGUAAGAAGGUUUGUGCAGGAUAGGUAUAUGAAAUCUGUUUUGCUUUUCUUGUGUACUAAGGUGUGAUUUUGGGGUAAAAUAUAUCUAGGUACAUAAAGAGUGGACUCAUUCUUGCAGCUGGGAUACAAGGAUUAGCAUCAGGAUUUAGAGAGCUCAGAAUGAAUGCCCGUCACUCUGAAUAUCCACUCCAAACUUCUGAGCAGUAUCAGAAGUGUUGGUCAGUGUUCUCAGUGAUGUUUUUAAGGCCAGAAAUCGUGAGCACAAACCCAUAGUGAAGCUUCCAAGUUUUCAUUCAAAGCUAGCUAAAACAAAGAAGGAUGCCUGGGAGUAAUUGUCACACUUCCUUAAGUAGCCUGGAUUGCAGUGAAAGAGGUGAGGAUGAAGACAGCUUUGUAUAGACAGGAAGAUGCUUCAGCUUAGUGCUAGCAUUUCUUGUCUGGCAUUCAUUUUUGGAAGAUCGUGUGAAUGUCCUCAGAUAUUCAGGGGUGUAAGAAGGUAUCUUGCCUUAUUUCUGUAGUGCUAAAUACAACAGAUGGUCAGAAGUUAAGUAACAUCAGAUGCUUGUGGUAAUGGAGGAAAUAGCUGGUAGAGCUGACUUUGAAUAAGCACUCUGCUUUAGCAAUUAAAAGGCUGGUUUGAGACUGUAAGCACUGUGACAUGCACACAUGGAGCAUACACUCCUCAUUACUGCAUAGCUUUCAGUGUGUAUUCUGAUGGAUUCUGCUGGCUUUUUAAUACCUUGCUGAUUUGCUUUGGUCUGUGUGUAUAUAUGCAUAAAUAUGUAAACUUUUUUUUUUACAUGCAGUAUGUAGAACAGUAGCAUUUUGUAAGAUACAUAAAGGGCUAUAUAAGCUAAAUGUGGUAAAUUAAUAUAUAUAUUAAGUGACUUCUUUAUUAUUCCAAUACUACUACCACUGAAACCCCAAAAUCUUAAUUAUUCUUGUUUUGUACAGAAGCCUAUUCCAAGGCAAAUCCAGAGGAAAGGGUUUUAUGAAAUUCUUUCCUCCAGUGUGUACUUUCUUGUUCUUUUCAGACAAAAAGUGAGGUUUCAGUAACUAAAAUAAUUUAUUUAAAUUUCUAUAAAUACUUCACCUUUGUAUUUGCUUUUCAGUGCUUGAGAACUAUCAACUUGUCACUAGAUACUUUCCUCCCACUAAUAGUUACUGCUUACUAAAAGAUUGUGAUAUGAUCCUGGAACUGAUUGGAAUCGUGUUCUACAAACACUGUUUUGCCUGGUACUAGGAUAGUCUUACUGACAGCGUUCACUCCUGUGUUAAGGGAUCCUAAAUGUGUAACUAAUAAUGCUUGGUUUAUAAAUUCUGAUUACUAAGGAAGGCGUUAUCUUCUAAUGGUACCUACUCAGUGUGCCCUAGACGUGUAUUGAUUUUGUUUAAAGAUUGUGACUAUAUACUCAUUUAAACAGUUAGUACGAAUAAACAUUUUUGUCUUUAGAAUCA